CACACAGCCUUGCUAGCAAUCUAUGAAAUAUUGCUCAAGGCCUCCAGAUCACAAUGCUUGUGCGUCUUGUAUCAUCUGCUACGCGUUUUGCGCGCUCCCACAGCUGUAUAAUCACUCUCACUUCACCAUGAAUAUCCCUACUCUGUUUUGAACUGCUACCACGGCCUGCUAACGACCCACGGUCGCCGUCGCCAUGAUCACAAGUACAGUGCUCGAGGAUGAAAAUAUCCAGCUCGAAGAUGGCCGAAAGUUGUCAUAUGCGACGUAUGGCAGUCCUGUGCCCCGCACCACGGUCAUCUAUAUGCAUGGCUUUCCCUCAUCGCGGUACGAAGGGAAGCUAUGGCAUUCGGCAUGCGCGAAGCGUAUGAUACGCCUCAUAGCUCCGGAUCGCCCCGGCAUUGGGCUCUCAACAUACCAGUCAAAUCGCCGUAUUCUCGAUUGGCCCGCCGAUAUACUCGCACUCGCCGACCACCUUAAGAUAUCGCAGUUCUACAUAUUAGGUGUUAGUGGAGGGGCGCCUUAUGCGCUGGCAUGCAUCAAGAGGAUACCGAAAGAAAGGCUGCUGGGGGUGAGCGUGGUCAGCGGGAUGUACCCUACAAAGUUCGGCACAGCGGGCAUGAUGCUACAGUCACGAAUGUUGUACUGGAUUGCUCCCUGGAUGACGGGCCUCAUUUCGUUCAUUUUCGACACUAGCAUGGGCAAGGCUGCAAGAUGCUCUGACCCGCAAGUCUUCGAAGACAUGCUGGAGCAGGAGGUCGAGAACUGGCAUGCUGGCGACAAGGCUGCAAUGAAAGACCCAAAGCACUGGCCGACUUUUGUCGCGAUGAUGCGAGAAGCUUUCGUGCACGGAAGCCGAGGCGCAAGCUGGGAGGCAAGGUUGGAGGGCAGCGAAUGGGAGUUUGAGUUGAGUCAGCUGUGUAUUGGUAGCAAUAUCGGCUGUCCACUCACACUAUGGCAUGGUACCGAGGAUGUGAACUGUCCGGCAGCAAUGGUGAAGAAGGCCAAGGCCCUGAUGCCAGGUUCCAACUCGCAUAUGAUGGAAGGGGAAGGUCAUGUGAGUUUUAUAUUCAAUAAGGCAGACGAGAUACUGGAAGAUCUCAUAGGCGUCGAAGAGGAAGAGGAUUUUAUUCAUAUUGAGUAGGUACUCUAUUCCGUUUUGUUGGUUCAGACAUUAUUGAGACUGUGGGGUGGUGAUGAUUUCUUGUUCUAUCGCUUUAUUGCUUGAAUUUGAACUGAGAUUGUUGAGUGUGGUAUGGUGGAUAAGGGUUUGGUAGCGAAUCAUCCGCUUCACACAACUACAGAUAGUUCUACAUGUCUCGGUACCUUCAUUUCUACGUGUCUUAUUCUUAGCGACGUUUCAAAUAUAUGACUGUCGUACAAUUUCAG